AUGAAGGUCUACCUAUUAGCUGGUCUUGGACUAGCUGUUUUGUGCAACAUAGCACUAGCUCAAGAUUGUAAAGAUGAUGGUACUAACUGUGCACAGUUCUCUCAAAUGUGCACCAACAGAGUUUAUGCUUCGAUCUUGCAAAAUUACUGUAAAAAAACAUGUAAUGCCUGUCCUGGAGAUUGUAAGGACAAUUCACCAAGGUAAGAUGUUACUGUAGAAGAGGAUUAUAAGUUUGAGAUUUGAAAUUAAAAAAAAUUUUUUAAUUUUUUUUUAGUUUUUAAGUUUUAAAAAAGUUUUGUCGUUUUUGAAAUUGGAAAUACACGUAAAUUAAAAACAUUCGCAUUUAAAUAAGCACAGAAUUAGUUGAACCAUCUAAUAGAAAGAUCUUUUUUAUAUUAACAUAGCCACGUAAAACCAUUUUCAAAUUUUUCCCACUUCAGAUGCCCAUCGUGGAAUAUGAAUGGCUUCUGCCAAAGUAACUACUACUCAGACGCCGAAAAGAAGAUGUACUGUAGCAAGACGUGCAACUUGUGCAGCGCCGAUGGCGGAGGCUCUGGCGGAGGCGGCGCAAGCGGCGGAGGCGGCGCAAGCGGCGGAGGCGGUGGUGGUGGUGGUGCUUCUGGAGGCGGUGGCGGUGCUUCUGGUGGCGGUGGUGCCUCUGGAGGAGGUGGAGCCUCCGGAGGUGGAAGAUAA